AUGAGCUGGAGAUUCCUACGUGAUCUGUUGAGUGGAGUGAAUAAAUAUUCAACAGGAAUUGGAAGAAUUUGGGUAGCAGUUGUGUUCAUAUUCCGCUUACUGGUUUACGUUGCAGCCGCAGAAAACAUCUGGAAACAUGAACAUGAUGAAUUUGAAUGCAAUAUCAAGCAGCCUGGUUGUGAGAAUGUCUGCUUUGACCAUUUUUUCCCUGUCUCCCACAUCAGACUUUGGGCUUUGCAAUUAGUCAUGGUCUCCACCCCUUCACUGUUGGUUGUUUUUCAUGUCGCUUACCGAGAGAACAGAGAGAAACGGCACAGACAGAAACUUUAUAAAAGUCCAGGAGACAGAGAUGGUGGAUUGCUGUGCACUUACCUCAUCAGCCUUAUCUUAAAAACGGGAUUUGAAAUAGUUUUUCUUGUUCUGUUUUAUAAAUUGUACAAUGGAUUUGAAGUACCUCAUCUUGUGAAAUGUGACAUAAGACCAUGUCCCAGUACUGUAGACUGCUAUAUUUCCAAACCUACAGAGAAGAUGAUUUUCCUCUAUUUUCUAGUGGCAACUUCAUGCUUGUGCAUUGUAUUAAACCUAAGUGAAUUGAGUUACCUCAUUUUCAAAUAUUCUAUAAAAUGCUAUCUGAAGAGGUACGUAAAGAAACAUCAAGGCUCAAAAAGUGAUUGUCACAAAUCGGAAACCAUCAGUCACAGCAGAGCAAAGAGCACGGAGGGAGCCCAUGCCAUCAAUAGAGCACACCCACCGAGUUUGUCUGUAAGAUCACACUCACUUCCCUUUCAGAAAGUGCCUUAUUUAUUCAGUUUUUAA